AUGCCACUACCAUCAAAAUACCAACAGUUGGCUGAUCACGAAGCUUGUUGGACUCGUAGCCCACGAGAAACAGUCAUAAGCCAUAAUAUCAAUCAUAAUGAUACAUGUUUAUUCACCAAGAGCGUUGGUGGCGAAGGUGCAUCCGAAUUACACCACUUUAUCUACAAGCCUUUGAAUUCCAAACAACAGGAUCAAUAUGAAGCAACGACCGCUUACUCUCCUACGAUCUACGAAACAUCAGUCCAAGUCGGGCAACCGGAACCUACCGAAUGGCCAUCGAACAAAGCAACGGAAUCCUCUUCGAACAGAGCAACAGAUGGAACAUCCCUUUCAGGAUUUGAAUUGGUAUAUUCUACAACGCUAAAACCUGAGGCUCGGAAACCCCUUCAUCUACCAUGCUUCCUUCUCAAUACACAUUCGAUAAAUGAGGAUUUUUGCGGCCGCGAGGAUAUCCUAGAGCGGCUUGCAGUCGAGCUCUUGCCUUCAGAAAAUACAGUGGCAGCAUCGGAUACCACUCUUCGACAAUUUGCACUUUGCGGACUUGGGGGAGCUGGAAAGACGGAAAUAGCCCGCGAAUUCGCCCGACGUCACAAAGCCUCUUUCGAUGCAGUGUUCUGGGUCGUGGCGGAUGAAAUUGCGAAACUUGACGACCAUUACGGGCAAAUCUCGUUGGCACUGGGUCUUGAAGAUUUAUCUGAGUGCAAAAAUCAGGUUGUCAGCAGGGAAAUUGUGAAAGGAUGGCUUUCCAAUCCUCGAAGGUAUCGAUCAGGGUUUGAUGAGUUUGGCCAACUAGGGCAAGUUAGAUCAGAAGCAACUUGGCUCCUUAUAUUCGACAACGCAGACGACCCCAUGAUCCUAGCAGACUACUGGCCCCAGGGCAGUGGAUCAAUUCUGAUAACUAGCCGGGACCCAUUGGCUAAAACUAUGUUUACCAGGACGCCCUCAGGCCUGGAUCUCGGCCCGCUCUCAAAGCAAGACAGUCUAUCGCUUUUCAACCAUCUCACUUCUACGGUCAGCGAGCCAGAAAGCGACGUAGCGCGACGUAUCUUUGAUGCAUUUGGUGGUGUUCCUCUGGCUAUCUGCCAGAUGGCAGGUAUCAUCCGUCGACAGGACCUGACCUUACCAGAGUUCUUCGAACUAUAUACGGAUCAUGAAGAACAUGCCAGUCUCUAUGAGACAAACUUCGAUACCAAUCUGACUACGUAUCGUCACUCACUUUCCACUGUCUGGGCGUUUGAGAAGCUGAAACCUCAAGCUCGACAGCUUUUGGAGCUAAUUUCAUUCCUUGACCCGGAUGCGAUUGGAGAAGAGUUGCUGACGGAAGCAUCUGUGAAGCUGUUUUCCGAGGUCACAAAAUUUGAGAAGUGUCAUUACAUAGAAGCUCGAACUGAUCUUUUGCAGUCCUCUCUGGUUCAAAGAGACAAAAAAAAGCAGCAGAUAUCGGUCCAUCGCAUUGUACAGGAUGUAGUCCUAGCGACAAUGAAUGGUGCGAGAAUAAAAUUAAUGUUUGACCAAGCUGUACGAAUUCUUUGGGCGAACUGGCCAUCAGCUCUGCCCAAGCCGUCAAAAGAGCCAGCAUUGCCCCAGCCCAAGUCAGCCGGCGGGAGGUUGCAUGUUGGAAGGUGGCCUGCUUGUGCGGCGAUUUAUCCCCACGUUCUAAGGCUUCAUCAACUCUGGUCAUCCAUUUCAGAUCUUUCUAAGGCAUCCGGGAUACUUUUUGCAAAGUUAUUGAAUGAAGCUGCAUGGUAUCAAAAAGAGCGUGGGCGAACGAACCAAUUCGAUGGUUUCUUCGAAACUGCUCGUAGUAUCUGCGAGUCGUCGACGCACGCAGAUCGGGAUUCCCUGCUUGCAGAUAUCCACUUCUGUUUAGGAUCUGUCGCCAUGGAUACGAACGAUUUUCACACAAGCCGUAUUCAUAAAGAACGCUCCCUUGACCUAGUUUCCAAUAUUUGCAAAGAGCUUGGGACCGCCGACGAAAGAUUAUACCUCGCCUACGCAGAGCGAGGGAUCUCGCGCAUCCAAGAUAGGCGGUACAAAGAAGGUGAGGCCGAUCUUAAGGAGGCGUUGCGGAUUCGCAAAGCUCUUGGCAAUUACAUCCCCCGGUCCGGCGAGGCGAAUCUAAGUUGGGCCCUUCUUGCGCAAGGGAAGCUUGAAGAGUGCAACACCCUGCUUUUGGACAGUCUAGCGGGCAGAGAGAAGGCCUUGGGUAAGAAUGAUAGGGAAUCUGCCCGGACUGGCUUGAUUCUCUAUGCACUCGGCAAUCUCCGUGCUGAGCAAAACCUAUGGAAUGAGAGUUUUUUGUAUCACCAGAGAGCGUGGCGUCACAUGCGUGAUACGGUGGGCGAGAGAGAUUUCUACACCGCAAAUGCUGCCCAUAAGUUUGCCGAGCAUCUUUUCCGCUUAAAGCUGCACGAAGAAGCGAUUGCUAUUAUCAACGGUGUGCUAGACGUAUGGUCUGUUGAUCCGAAUGCACACAAAAAUGAGAUUGCUCGCACUACUUUCCUUAAAGGCAAAUUGUUCGAAGCGAUGGGCAAAGCGCAGAAGGCUUCAAUCGCUUUUCGAGUUGCCUGUCGUUUGAGAAAAGAGAUUACUAAGGAGGAUCGAAAUGCGAAGACCUUGACGAUGAAAGACUUUGACGAGAUUGUUGCUUUCUGGGCCCGUUGA